AUGGAACACGCACUUACUUGUAAUAAUCUCAAGUGCCGGCGGGAACUCAGCGACCGUGCCCUGGUGACAACAUGCAGUCAUAUAUUCUGUGUGGAAUGCGCCCAACGACUCGGUAUUACAGGCCAAGAUGCCGAGCGCCGUAAUACGUGCCCUGCCUGCGAAUCACAAAUUACAAAGCCCGAUGAUGCCGUCAUCACGAACCUGAAUCCAAGUGAAGAUUACAAGACCAGCGUUCUAAGUGGUCUAAGUCCCAAUGUCAUCAUGGAGUGUGCCGGUCGUGCCCUCAGCUUCUGGGCCUAUCAAACCACUCAGAACAUUUGUUACCAACAGCAUCUAUACAGAACACUCACCGAGAAAUACUCGAGCCUCGGCAUUCGUCUUGAAAAGACUGUGAGCGACGCAAAUACAGAGAUUGAAGGUCUUCAUCACAAGAUGUCGGGUCUAGUGGCAGAGCAGGAGAGCUUGAGGCGGAAGCACGAGGAGGUAUCCCAAGCAUACAAAGAAAAGAGCCACAAAGUUCUACAAUUACAAGAAUUAUAUGACAAAGUCAAGAGGAGAGCCGAACUUGGUCAAAUUCAAAGGGCAGCAUCCGAUGCUGUUGACCAUACGUUGCAGGCAGCACAGCUCGACCCGGGCUAUAGUGGCAAUAUGACGGCACAAGGCAAUAUUGAGAACAAUCGUGCACCGGUCUUUGGGCAAAGCCACCGGGUUAGCGUCUCUGGGAUGAACAACGGUGCCUCGCGAGACUAUCACAAUAUGACAACUGAAGGAAAUCAGUGGUCACGGCUUGGAGGGCCAUCUCAUCGCGACAUCUCCGGAGUGCCUGUUGGUGGGCUUCGCCGACCGACCAUGGGUGGAUCGACAGUUCAUCAAAGCACAAGCUUGCCGGCUCUGACAGGAACGCCUAUGACAGGGUUCGGUAGAUCAAGGCAAUCACCCAACAAUUUCGCCCCGGGUUUCAUCAAUCAUCGCGGCGGCUUAGCGGGUGUCGGUUUGACGUCUGGUAUCAAAGUUAGUCAGGCGAGCAACAACCCAACACUGGAUAUUCCUACAAGGCAUUUAUGA